CGGCGUGCGUAAAGCUCCUCUUGCGCUCUCCUGUUAAUGGCGGGUGGCGGCUGCUGAGCUGGACGCAUAUAACCGCUGCCCGCACGGGGAGAGUCUUCCCUGCCUCCAGCUUUCCGCUUGCCGUCAGUGCCCGAGCUCGCCAGCAUGUCUGUGGUGCCGCCCAAUCGCUCGCAGACCGGCUGGCCCCGGGGCGUCAACCAGUUCGGCAACAAGUACAUCCAGCAGACGAAGCCCCUCACCCUGGAGCGCACCAUCAACCUGUACCCUCUUACCAAUUAUACUUUUGGUACAAAGGAGCCCCUCUAUGAGAAGGACAGCUCUGUUGCAGCCAGAUUUCAGCGCAUGAGGGAGGAAUUUGAUAAAAUUGGAAUGAGGAGAACUGUAGAAGGAGUUCUGAUUGUACAUGAGCACCGGCUACCCCAUGUGUUACUGCUACAGCUGGGAACAACUUUCUUCAAAUUACCUGGUGGCGAACUUAAUCCAGGGGAAGAUGAAGUUGAAGGACUAAAACGCUUAAUGACAGAGAUACUAGGUCGUCAAGAUGGAGUCUUGCAAGACUGGGUCAUUGAUGACUGCAUUGGUAACUGGUGGAGACCAAAUUUUGAACCGCCUCAGUAUCCAUAUAUUCCUGCACAUAUCACAAAGCCUAAGGAACAUAAGAAGUUGUUUCUGGUUCAACUUCAAGAGAAAGCUUUGUUUGCAGUCCCAAAAAAUUACAAGCUGGUAGCUGCACCAUUGUUUGAAUUGUAUGACAAUGCACCAGGAUACGGACCCAUCAUUUCUAGUCUCCCUCAGCUCUUGAGCAGGUUCAAUUUUAUAUACAACUGAAUUCCUGCGCAGUGGAGAAGUAAAAGAAGCCGUCUCUGUGAGCACAGCUAUCCUCAGUGUAGAAUAAUAAAUAUGGUAGACAAGGUUUUUUGUUUUCUCUUUCCCAAUCCCUGAGUUACCCCUACUUUCUAUUGUUUGAAUAGUAAAGUUAAUAUGAAUAAGUAGAUAGUGGUGUAAACAAAUGUGAUAAUGUUUAAUUCACUUUUUGUUCUACUCAUACUUUUUUGUACAACGUUAAACAAGUGGACUUCUUUCUAUUUGUUUUUUUGUUUUUGUUUUUUUUUUUACUUCAUAUUAAACUUUUAAAAUUCUUACAGGUGAGGAUUGUUAUUUUUUUCCCCAGGCUGGUGAAUGUUAAGAGACAGUGGCAGAUUUAGUUCAGCCAAAUUUAUUGGACCCUUGCUCUGAUAUCAUUCUUGGGGGCAUACUCUAAGACAGUGUUACAGAUUUUUGUGAUGAGAAUCUUAACAUUACUUUUAGGACCCAGUUUGCUUGGUUGAGUUCAAAGUGCAACUUCUGUACCAAAUUUUACACCCUAGUGAGUUCUUUGGGGUCGUUAUGAGUUGGAAUCAACUCGAUGGCACACAACAACAACAACAACAAAAAAAACAACACAAGUGAGUUCUGUUACAGCAGAACUCACAUACAUUACUGAGUGGUACAGUUUAUGUGUCCAGACCUUGGUUCACAAGCAACAGACCUUAAGCAUAUGGGAAACUAUUAAAAUUGGCUAGGUUGGGAAAGUCAUGGGAAUUGGUGAAAAAAGAGACUACUAUAGAACUCAUUUUUUUCUCCUUCAUGUAACAGUGGUAUUAGUAAUGUAUGCUGUUGUGAAAUUGUUUGUCUUAGUUAUUCUUAGGGCAUGGUAAAAAUAGUGAUCCAUGAAGGAAGUUUCUAAAAGUGGAUCUGUUAGUUUUGAACUCUUAGAUGCUCAGCAGGCAUUGCAAGUUAGUUAUUUCACCCAGCUUGAAGUUAUAUCCAUAGAGAAGAAAAUUUGGUUUUAGCAUGUGAUAACAAAAACAUUUCAAAAUUAUUUUCUAGUAAUCUAAAUCAACUGAAAUCUAGGGGCAGGGUAGGGGAUAGAUUUUUGUCAGCCUAAGAGAAAAACACAAAGUUCAAAAAUUUUUUAAAACACUGCCAAGUUUGGAUUAAAUUUGUUUGGGGAAUAAAAAAAGAAUUUUAGGGCAAAGGAGUUUGCUAGUUGUGUCAUUGAUUAGUGGUAGAAACAUACUGUGUGUGCCUUAUUGCAGACUUGUUGACUGUAGGCUUAAUAUUAAAAAUCUUGUAUGUUGCAGCUACUUUUAAAAACAAAGAUUGGUACAGUUUUCAGUAGACAGAAAUGAACUUUUGAUUAGUUCUUAAUGCCUUUGUGGUACUGAUGACAGUACUGAUCUCCUGAAUAUUGGGUGAUGUGAAAGCUAUGUCAUAUGGUCUUCCCUAUUUAGCCUUGAGAAAAUCAGCAAUUCUAUUCAAAAGCAUUCCCGUUCAUUUAGUUGAGGUCAUGUCAAACCUUCACAUGGUUGUGUAUCAAAUAAUGAUUAUAACCAUGCCUCUGCUUAGCAGUAGGGAGCACCAGUCUCCAUGACCCAAAAUAGCCUGUGAUUUCCUUUGAAAAACUCACUGGUUCUGUGGAUAGUCCUCUUCCCUGGUUUUACAUUAGCACAUUUCUAAUUUAGUAUAAUUUUCCUGGCAAGCUCACUGAUUAACCAAGUCCUGCAAGAUGGGGAAAGGAAAAAGAUGGGGAAGGGUUGAUCAAGCCCAUUUUCCACCAUUGCUUCUAGCAUCCAAGUGGAAAGCUACAGUGACCACAUUUCGUAUGUUAGCUCUUGCAGUUGGGGGGAUGGAAAGAAAUGGGCUUUUUCUUGGUGUGAUUUAUGAAGUGCUGUCGGUUAAGGAGUGUUUGCGUUGAAGAGUCAUCUCAUUUGAGGCCAGUCAUGUCCUUUGUAACUUAACCUUCAGACUAGAAGUUCUUUCUGGAUGACUUCUUCCCAGUAUAAGAGCUUGAGUCAGUCAUCCAUAUACUAGUGCCUAAGUGAGGAAAACCUUUGAUUCCGCUUGUUUGGGUUACCAACCUUGAGAUAUAAGAGCUGUAAUCUUAAGUGUAAAAUUCAUUCAGUUUAGCUGAUUUAAUAAUCGCUUCCUUUUCCUGAAUGAGGACACACAAACACUGCACACAUAUUUUUAAAACUUUUUUUGCACUAGUCAGGUGUACUUGGAACCCAAUAUUCUCUUGUUUUAGGUUUCCUGAUAGAAAUGGUAGAACUAGGGGAAUUCAGCUGUCCUGCAGCAU